AUGGCCAAAGACUCGCUUCCCCUCCCCGAGCCUUUUGCCUCGAUUCCUCGAACUCCGCUUCUUCUCGGCCCCUCACCGAUCCAUGCGCUCCCCCGCAUCAGCUCCGAUCUUGCCCGCACGAGCACUCACCCGCCAGUCACUAUUUACGCCAAGCGCGAUGACUUGAACUCCGCGUAUGCCUAUGGCGGCAACAAGACGCGUAAAUUGGAGUAUCUCCUGGCCGACGCCCAGGCGCAAGGCUGCGAUACGUUGGUCUCGAUUGGCGGCGUGCAAAGCAACCACACGCGCCAGGUCGCAGCGGUCGCGGCGCGGACGGGCCUCAAAGCCCGCCUUGUGCAAGAGCAUUGGGUGGACUGGACCGACCAAGGGUAUGAAUCCGUCGGAAACAUUCAAUUGUCCCGCCUGAUGGGCGCCGACGUGAGGCUGGAUCCCUCCACCUUCGGCAUCGAGCAUAAGACCACUGCGCAGGCCGUCGUAGAGGAGUGCAAGGCGAAGGGCGAGAAGCCUUACUAUAUCCCUGCAGGAGCUUCCGACCAUCCGCUGGGGGGGCUGGGCUUCGCCCGCUGGGCCUUUGAAGUGCGGCAGCAAGAGCAGGAGCAGGGCUUGUUCUUUGAUACGGUGAUUGUCUGUGCUGUCACCGGAUCUACAUUCGCGGGGAUGAUCGCCGGCUUCAAGCUGCUCGAGCGCUUGCACCCCAAUGAUCCCAAACGCAAGAUUAUUGGCAUCGACGCCUCGGCCACUUUGGAUGCUACCCGCGCCCAGGUCCUGCGCAUCGCUCGCAACACCGCGGAAAAGAUCGGCCUCACGGCGGACGAUAUCACAGAUGCCGAUGUGGUUCUCGAUGACCGCUACCACGCCGGGAUCUAUGGUGUUCCCGAUCGCCAGACAUGGGACGCCAUUGAAUAUGCGGCACGCAUGGAGGCCUUUAUUACGGACCCUGUGUAUGAGGGGAAGAGCUUUGCAGGGAUGGUGGACAUGAUCCGCCGAGGAGAGAUCCAAGGAGGAAAUGUCCUUUAUGCGCACCUAGGGGGGCAACUGGCCCUGAAUGCGUAUUCGGAGAUUGGCAAGACCGCCCAAUAG